AUGGGUACCCCUGCAGAGCAACGAAAGUUGGUGAAACGCGCCGGUGAGAAGUACCGUGCUUCACCAUGGACGCCCAUCACACAGUUACAACGGGAGAGCUCUCGUGAUCCCCCGGCUCGCGGAGGCGUUUGGAUCAGCAGAACUGUCUUCCCGGCCCCCGCCAGUUGCAGCAUCAGAGAUGCGUUAUCACUCGAGGAUACUCCAAUCAUAGAUGUGGGGGUGAAAUUUAUUGGAAGUCAGGAGAAAGCCAAUAAUGAUGUACCCGAGUCGGAUGUUACAGAAGAGAAGCUUGGUGAUCUUCUGAAGGAAUACGACAGCGAGAUGACAAUCAAUCCUCUAAAUCCACGGAGGUGGCCUCUACAUAUGCGAGCCUGCUCUAUUCCCCCAGCUGGGGCAUCUUAUCGUGCCGUCCCAGCAAACAAGAUUAUUCUGGCCGGGAAUAGUUCCGGUGCCAACCUGUGCUUCGGGCUGAUAAAGUUCCUCCUGGAGCUGCAGAAGCUCCCACCCUCUGAUGCCAGCAUCGACUUUUAUGGACGGCAUGUCACCCUCCCACUUCCCGCUGGAAUAGCUACAGUAGGGGGCUGGUGCGAUCAAUGCGAUGCCCUUCCAUUGUGGCACAAGAAUGGCGAGUAUGAUAUUCUCGGGGUGCUGCAACCCCCAUUAAUGCCCGGCUUCCCUACGGAUAGUAUCUGGCCGGCCAAUCCACCCCGGGAACACACCUACUGCGUGGCUGCCACCCUUGAUCAUGAGCUCGUCACUCCGGCUGCCGUGGCGGAUUGGACAGGGAAGCUUGGAGUGCCUCGGCUGUGA